CAGAUUACACCUAUUUUGAAGGGGAGAUAUCGCAUCCAAGGACCUGUGGAUGUUUCAGACCUUUAACUUCUGCAGACUGAUUCUGUGGCCAAAUAAAUGUUGUGGUGCUGUACUGCUUUGCUUAAUAAGCUGGGGCGACGCUGCAAUUCUUUACAGAUUAAUUGUAAUUUGCGUUUUGCUGCUGUUAUGAUUCUCUAAUGUAAUAGGGUGUCUUUAUGGAUGAGAAGAAAUUUAUGGUUACUUAAGGCUUUACAAGAAUGAUGAUUGAAUCUGGAACAUGCAAUGUGUGUUCAGCUCCCUGCUCAUCGUGCAUGCACUAUAAUCGCUCUAUAUCUGCCAUAAAGAAUGAGAGUGGCUUUUCUGGUGUCAUCUGUGUUAGGGGAGAAGAAGCUGAUAGUUCUUCUGUUAUUAAUUUGGGUGGUAUGCCAAGUUGCAAAAGCAGAAUUUGCGAUGAUUUGCGGCAUGUAGCUAGUGAAACUAGUAACUUAUUAAGUACAACUUCCAGUCAUGACUCGUGCUUUGAGAAUGCUGAUAGCAAAGCAAAUUUCAGGACCUCUACUGUAUAUGAUGCAUCUGAUUAUGUUGACAUGCCUCAAGAUGUGUGUUCUCGUGAAUUUGUUGAAGAGGAGCGACCCCUUGAGAAGAAGCCUGGCCAUGGUCAGAUUAAUUCACAUAGUAACACUUCAGCUCAUUUGGGGCACGGAUUUUCCUCAGGGCAAGGUGAAGAGCAGAGUGCAUUAGAAUGCCAUGGGGAUAACCUCUUAUAUACAUCCGAGGUUAGAGAUGCAAAUGUUGCAGUCCCUGGCUAUGUUGUAGACGUUGAGAAAAAAGACAUGGAAUGUAGUAAUAUGACGAUCCAUAGUUCUUUUGAAAUUAAUGACAGAGCCAUUCAAAAUGAAGGUGGCGAUGGUAACCAUUACAAUGAAACUCGACAGAACCACUCUAUUGAAAGCAAGUUGACUGCAACUGGGGAUGCAUCUUUACUGGAUAAUAAUUGUAAUUCUGCUUCUGUCAAUACAGUUUCUUUUGUCAAAUCACAAUUUCCGUCAUCUGAAUGUGAUGUUUCUCCAGAAGAAAGCGUUAGACGAGCAGAAUUGGAUAAUGUUGAAUCAUCAUUUGCAUCAGUGACUGCUGGUUCUUCUGAACUCAAAUCUAGUGCCUUUCCAAACCAUGAAGUUUCUACACCAUGUAGGAUGAGAAGCGGAUUUUCUUCUGGUAAGAUUGAUGAGUUGUGCCAAGAAACUAGAACAGUCACUGAUCGUGAAAAACCAUUUGAUAAUGGUUCAAAAAGAAGUCAUUUAAAUGCCCCUCUUGAAAAAAAUGGUAUUGUAUUGGAUGCAACCAAAGGUCAAGGAAAUCAUGCUUUAACUCAAGCAACCACAGAGGGUGAAAACUCUGACUCAGAUGUGUUGUUGGAUGAUGUAAAAGUGUGUGAUAUAUGUGGGGAUGCUGGAAGGGAAGAUCUUCUUGCUAUAUGCAGCAGGUGUAGUGAUGGUGCAGAGCAUACAUACUGUAUGAACGAAAUGCUACAUAAAGUUCCUGAGGGUGACUGGCUAUGUGAAGAAUGCAAAAUCAAAGAGAUGAAAAAUCAGAUUGUUGAUGAGUGUGAAGCAGUUUCUGGAAAAUUAAACUCAACAUGCUUAAAUGAAUCCAGUCAAAAAGCUUUGAGCACUUUAAUCCCUAAGAAGUCACCGAAAUUGGAUACCGGGCCAAUUGAUUUUGUUACUCAAGCUCCCUCUAAGGGACUGCAAAGCUCCCAUAUUUCCACUAGGAGGCAAGCUGAGCAUCCAGAGGAAGAAAAAGGUUCUGAACGGAAUGGAGCCUCCUUAGAAAUUGCCAGCCCAAGGAAAAAUCCUGUCUUGUCUCGUCAAUUUUCGCUUAAAAACCAGACAAUGGAAAAAGUGAAGACAACUAGCUUGCCAACAUUAUCGGAAGUUCACUCUCCUAAAGGUUCUGAGGCUUUUUCAAGAUACAAAGCAUCUUUAAGCUCUAGCUCAUUCAAGGGUCAACAACAUCCUCCGUCCCCUCAUGGAUUUCUAUCAAGGUCAGUUUCUUUUAGCUACUCGAACAGUGUACCUAAAGUCAAAACAUUCUUUGAAAAUGCGUCUCAUAAGCAAAAAACCACAAGGGAAUCUACAACUAAUGACUUGAGAAAAGAGGGGUUAGUCAAAUCGUUGACUAGAACUACAUCUUUUAAAAAUACAACCUCAGGACGCCCUAAUACUGAGUCAACGAGUAAAAGCUCAUCAUUCAAGCCAUCCCUUCCUGAAGGCUUAAGAGGACCAAAAGAAGUAAAAGAAAGAAGUAAUGUUGAAAGAAAGAAUAUUUCAGCACUGCAAAACUCCCUUUUAAGGCCAUCAGCAGUUCUUGCCAGCAAUUAUUCUACUAAGGUGGAUGCUAAGUCUGUACAUAGUGAUGGGAAAAUAAAAAGCAUCUCUGAAACAGAAGGUCCUAGCUCGAGUAAAACAUUGAAUGAUGCAAAUGACUUGGGUUCCAAUGAAGGGAAGAAGCAGGCAUCUUAUUCAUCUAAGAGUGUUGGCUAUUCCGAUGGAAAUUAUAAAGCUGAACAGCAUAAAAGGUUCAAACCCCUUAGUAAAGGAAUGCAGACCAACACCAGUGCUAUAGAUGGAUCAAACAGCAAGGUUGAUAUUGUAUCACCUUAUAGCAUUCUUCAAUUUUCAGAGUCUGGUCGCAAGGAUGACAGCAUGAGGGAUUCUCCCAGAACUGCCAGUUCAAGGUUUACGGCCUUAGGUGGUGCCCAAAAGUUACAUUGUCAAAGAUGCAAUGAAACUGGGCAUGUGACUCAGCACUGUUCUGUUGACAAGCUUCGAAAAUCUGCUAAUAAGCUUGCAGCUGAAGGGAAUUCAAGUGAGGUGGUGAAGAAGCCUAAUAAAUGGAGAGAAAUAGUGAAUGCGGCAAUAUCGAGAAGUGGAGAGCUAAAGGGUACCAAACCUGAUGCACGUGAGGAGCUUCAGGCAGCUAAAGCAAAUAUGAAUUGUGAAGCAGCUUCUAAAAAUGCUCUAACUGCUUUUAUCCAGAAGACUAGUGUAUCAAUUUUAGAAAGUGGCAAUGGUAAAGACACCUCAAAGGAUUUAAAUGUUGAUUCUACCAAAAACAUAGCUGUCGGAAAUUCCGGGCAGCCGUCUAUCCUUCCAGUGGAGGUUUCUUAUGUUACCAAAGCUGAUGACUUGAGUCAUAGUCCUACUAUUGCAAAGUUCAGUGAGAAGCCUUUUGCAGAAGCAUUACAAUAUAAGGCACCUCUUUUAGCAAACACAUUGAGACCGUCGGCAAUUCCCAAGCUGGAAUGCAUAUGGCAAGGUAGUUUUAAUGUUCUGGGAACUGGAAAUUUUGCUGAAAAUUUCAAUGGAAUUCAAGCUCAUUUAUCAAGUUGUGCUUCACAUAGAGUGUUUGACGCAGCAAUCAAGGUACCUGGUUGUGUCCAAUUGGAGGAAGUAUCUCACAUUAGCUUAUGGUCAUCACAUUUUCAAAGAAUUGGUCCGCAAGAGGAGAAUAUUGCUCUAUUCUUCUUCGCAAAAGAUGCUGAGAGUUAUGAGAGAAGUUACAGAAAGCUAAUGGAUAGGAUGCAUAAAAAUGAUUUAUCUCUCAGAGGAAACAUUGAUGGAGUUGAACUUUAUAUAUUCAUAUCAAAUAAGUUGCCAAUGAACUCCCAGCGUUGGAACAUGAUGUAUUAUCUCUGGGGAAUGUUCAGAGCUAAAAGGAAAUACGGCUUGCCUGUGAUGGGUGGCCAGAAGAAACCUAAUGUGUCAAAUUUGGAUAUGGAGCUCCCAAAUCAAGAUUUGCCCAUAGCACCCAACGCCCAAGUUUGUAAUGUCCAUUACCCAGAAUCGAGACCAUCCAAGAUUUUGGCAGGGGAUCUGGCCGACUCUAUGGAUUUGCCGCCCAUAGCUUCUGGCAUCGAGGAUAAGGCAUGCAGAAACCUAGAAGAUUCUAUAAAAAAAUUUUCAACUCAAAUGGUCGCUGAUCCUGAUGUGCCUCAAGGACAGCCUUCAUUUCCUGUUGGUAAUUUAUCUCGAACAACUGUUGAGCCACUGAGAGUUGCUGAUUCUCCCAAGUCUAUGGUUCUAAUGUCUACAUCAAACUCUUGUUCUGAAGAGAAAAAUGAUGGGGCUUUUCAGAAAAAGUUUGUUAGUGAUUGCGCAAACAGAAAGACUGGUGACACGUUUGCUCUUGCAGACGAUCUUGGAGACGAGUCUAGCCUUAAAAGAGCAUCAUCUGUACCCCUAGGCUCUCCAAAUUGCAACCAAGUAACAGGUGAUGAAUUCAGCAGCAUUGAAGGGAAUUUGAGAGACAAAGAAUGCUCAACAUCUAGUGUAGCUAUUAUAGAUGAUGAUGAUCCCAGACAAAAUGUAUUAGAGGCAGAUUUCCUUAAUAACAAGAAACGUGGGCGCUCAUGUUCUAUAGAAAGGGUGUUGCAACACGCUCAUGGAAUGUCAAAUAGCUCAGCUGAAAUGGUGCAAUUGAGAGAAAGGCAAAGAUGGAUUUCUAUGGAGGAUGAUAGAGAGCUGAAGAAGAACUGCUAUGCCGGUGUUAGUAAUGUUUCUGAAGUUAAUGUUAGCAACAGAUUGUCCUCGAAAAUACACCCCUUAUAUUCUAGCAUUUUGAGUCAGGAGAUAGAAGAUGAACAAAGCUGCAGUCAACCUGUGAAGCUGGUGAACUCGAGAACUACAGAGAGAUGCUUUUUCCCAACAGAUUUGUGCCCUGUGCAGAAUAACAAAUCUGCCAAUAUUAUACAUAUUCCAUCUUCAGAUGAUGAAGAAACCCCAGAAUCUUGCACACCUGAUCUGGAACUGGCUCUUGGAGGAAAGAGUAAAUCAUCGAAGCCGGCAGCAUCGCCAUUACCAUUUGCAUCAGUUGGAGGCAAACAGCACAUGCAACUUGGUUUUUCGGGGGAUGAUGAAGAUGAUUUAUCAGGAUCCCUAUCUCUCUCUCUUGGUUUUCCUGCAGCAGAGAGGGAGAGAUCGGCUAAAAACAUUUUUAAAAAAGAGCCUGAGAAACCUCAAGCCAACACUUCUUUGUUUCUCUUUGGGAGAUUCAACAGCUCUUGAAAUGGAACUUCCUGGGGGCAGUACUUGCUUUGUCAUUUACUCUAUUGUAUUGCUGAUAUCUGAGGAGUUCUGAGGGAGAAUUUUAGAGCCCUUGCCAUCUGUUCAUAGUUACACAGAAAUCCUUCUUUAUUUCUCCCUUUUUACCAGCUUCUUUGACUGGUGGUUUUUUUAGAGUGCAGAUUCACGGCUUUUUUUGCACAUAUUUAGAGGGAAGGCCGAAGUUUUAAUGUAAUUCUUAGUGUACUCGUUUCUAUGUUUCAAUAUACUUAUACAGAUAUAUCUCCAAAAGUUCUGCUGCUGCUCUCUAAUGUUAUUUGUCAGAUAGGGAUGAUUGUUAUGUCUUAGGAACAGGCUUUUCGAUCCCUGAA